AUGCCGAGCUUCGCAACGAGGUUUAAAGCUGCAAUAAAAAAGAUGGAUAUGCAAGCAUCAAAAGAAUUCCUAGCCGAACUAAAGGUUCUGACACACGUUCAUCACUUGAAUUUGGUGCGGCUAAUUGGAUAUUGUGUUGAGGGCUCCUUAUUUUUGGUUUAUGAAUACAUUGAGAAUGGAAAUCUAAGUCAACAUUUGCGCGGCACAGGGAAGGAUCCAUUAUCAUGGGCAGCUAGAGUUCAAAUUGCAUUAGACUCAGCAAGAGGACUUGAAUACAUUCACGAGCAUACAGUUCCUGUCUAUAUACAUAGAGAUGUUAAAUCAGCAAACAUUUUGAUAGACAAAAACUUCCGCGGAAAGGUUGCGGAUUUUGGUUUGACAAAAUUGACUGAAUAUGGUAGCUCCUCGUUACAAACACGCCUUGUCGGGACGUUUGGAUAUAUGCCUCCUGAGUAA